AUGGUCAACAUUCCAAAAACCCGCCGGACCUACUGCAAGGGCAAGGACUGCAAGAAGCACACCCAGCACAGAGUCACCCAGUACAAGGCAGGCAAGGCUUCGCUAUUCGCCCAGGGUAAGCGCCGUUACGAUCGCAAACAGAGUGGUUAUGGUGGUCAGACCAAGCCCGUCUUCAGAAAGAAGGCCAAGACCACCAAGAAGGUCGUUCUCCGAAUGGAAUGCACAGUCUGCAAGACCAAGGCACAGCUCGCUCUGAAGCGAUGCAAGCACUUCGAGCUUGGUGGUGACAAGAAGACCAAGGGUGCUGCUCUUGUUUUCUAA